GCAGUGGUGUGUCUCUGCUGGGGCUCCUGGGGAUCAGAACACUCUCUGUACCCACGCUGCCUGUACGGGCUUCCCAGCCUGAGCAUCCUCUCUUGGUGAAUAUAUCACCAGCCUACUGCUCACGCUGUGUGUGUUUGGCUGUCCUGUCUGCAGGCCCACCUCCAUCCCACAGCCAUGUCCUGCUUCGAUCUGUGCCGUCCCUGUGGCCCGACCCCGCUGGCCAACAGCUGCUACGAGGUCUGUGUGCGCAGGUGCCAGGACUCCCGCGUGGUGAUCCAGCCCUCUCCCGUGGUGGUCACCCUGCCCGGACCCAUCCUCAGCUCCUUCCCCCAGAACACCGCUGUGGGCUCCAGCACCUCCGCUGCUGUGGGCAGCAUCCUGAGCCAUGAGGGAGUGCCCAUCUCCUCCGGUGGCUUUGGCAUCUCUGGCCUGGGCAGCCGCUUCUCUGGCAGUAGCUGCCUGCCCUGCUAAGGAUGAGGUGGAAUUCCCAUGAGCCCAUUGCCCAGGAAGCCCAAAGCCAGGCACUGAACUGAGGACACAACUGCUGGCAGAUAUUACUGCCAGGGAA